AAAAAAAAUGUUUGAAUUCAUUGAAUUAACAACAAAAUCAUUAUUAGAAUUGAAUUUAACUCAAGUUUUAAUUGGUAUAUUAACAAUUAUCAUAUCAAUCUUAAUUUUAAAAUUUUUAUUAUUCAAAGAUAAAAUUGUGAAAUUCGUCGUUGAAGCUCCUAUCGAGGCUAAACCUGGUUGGAACGAUGGUAAAAUUUUGGAGAAACCUUGCUUAAGGGAUGUUUCAAAUCCUGGUUAUAUCACGUGUUAUGAUCCAGCGACAGGACAAUUUUUAGCCACAAUUCCAGCUCACACUGAUGAUGAUGUUAAAGAAGCAUUAAAGAAAGCUCGAAAUGCACAACAGAAAUGGGUUAAAACAACAUUUGCUGAAAGAAAAAGGGUACUUAAUAGUCUAUUGAAUUUCAUUAUAAAUAAUCAAGAAGAGAUUUGUUGGGUUUCUAGUAGAGAUACAGGAAAAACGCUUGUUGAUGGAAAAUUUGGAGAAAUUUUAUCAACAUGUGAAAAAAUACGAUGGAUCAUAAAACGUGGAGAAAAAGCAUUAGCUACCGAAUAUCGAGAAGCUAGUCCAGUUAUGCCAUAUAAAUUGGCUAAAAUUGAAUAUCAUCCUCUUGGUGUUGUAGCAGCUUUAGUAUCUUGGAAUUAUCCAUUCCAUAAUACAUUUAUUCCUAUAAUAUCAUCAUUAUUUAUUGGAAAUGGAAUUUUGAUUAAAGCAUCAGAACAAGUAGCAUGGUCAAUGCAAUAUUAUAAUAAAAUCAUUAAAACUUGUUUAAUAGAAUGUGGACAUGAUCCUGAUAUUGUUCAGUUCUUGUGUGGAUUUCCUGAUUGUGGUGAAGCUAUUGUAAGAAGUGGAGUUGAUGGAAUAACUUUUAUCGGAUCAAGUUCAGUCGGUAAACAAGUAAUGAAAGCUGCAUCGGAUAAUUUAACACCUUGCAUUUUAGAAUUGGGCGGAAAAGAUUGUGCUAUUAUAAGACAUGAUGCAAAUUUGUCUCAUGCACUUCCAAUUAUUAUGCGUGGCACUUUCCAAAACGCUGGUCAAAAUUGUGUUGGGUUAGAACGUAUUCUAGUUCAUGAAUCAUUAUAUAAUGAAUUUGUAGAUAGGGUUACAGAUCAAAUUAAAAAAAUGAAAGUUGGAAGUGUUUUGAAUGAUGAUAUUGUUGUGGAUGUUGGUGCAAUGACUAUGAGUGGUCAGGGAGAACGCCUUCAAAAUUUAAUUCAAGCUUCCGUAUCAGAAGGAGCAAAACUAAUUUUAGGAGGACGCCCAUAUAUUCAUCCAAAAUAUCCAACAGCGCAAUAUUUUGAGCCUACUUUAUUAAUUGAUGUAACUCCACAAAUGACAAUUUUAAAACAAGAAUUAUUUGCACCUAUAAUGGUAGUGAUGAAAUUUUCAACGGAUGAAGAAGCAAUUGAAAUAUGUAAUAAAUCGCUUUAUGGAUUAGGUAAUUCUGUAUUUUCGGGAGAUCAAAGUAAAGGUGAUUGGAUGUCUAAAAGAUUAAGAUGUGGUAUGGUAAAUGUAAAUGAUUUUGGUGCUACUUAUCUCAAUAAUUUACCAUUUGGUGGAGUCGGAAUUUCUGGGUUUGGAAGAUUUGGAGGUAUAGAAGGACUCCGUUCAUUGUGUUUAAUGAAAUCUGUUACAACAGAUAGGAUUCCGUUCUUUAAAACAUCUAUACCACGUGUAUUAGAUUAUCCAAUGCAUUCUAAUGGGUCAUCAUUUGUCUCUAAUUUAGUAAUACUACUUUAUGAUAAUUCUUUAAUAGACAAAAUAAAAGCGAUUACGGGCUUAAUAAAAAAUUCUUCAAGUUAAUUAACAAUUUACAAAAUUUAUUUGAAAUUAAAAAAUUA